AUGGAGAGGAAAGUGAUGGUGGUCUGCGUGGCCGUGGGCUUCCUGGGGCUCCUCUCCGCGGCGCUCGCCUUUGCAGCCGAGGCCACCAGGACUAAGGCUUCUGAUGUCCAAACAACAACAGGAGGUGAAUGUGUGUAUCCAAAGAGCCCAGCAUUAGCGCUGGGUCUGAUAUCAGCAUUGGCUCUUAUGAUGGCGCAGGUGAUAAUAAACACCGUAGCCGGGUGCGUAUGUUGCAAGAAGCAUCCUCAUCCAUCGGGCACCAACUGGACCCUAGGGUUGAUCUCUUUCGUUGCUUCUUGGGUUUCAUUCAUAAUAGCGUUCCUUCUGUUGUUGACGGGUGCUGCCUUGAACGACCAGCGGGGUCAAGAAAGGAUGUAUUUUGGAGACUACUGCUACGUGGUGAAGUCCGGAGUGUUCUCGGGCGGGGCGGUGCUGUCCCUUGCCAGCGUCGCCCUUGCCAUUGUUUACUACGUUGCCUUGUCAUCCAAGAAUGCACAAAGUUGGGGUGUGGACCAAAACCAAGGGGGCAUUGCGAUGGCACAUCCUCAGGUCCCACCAGCUCAGGCAAAUCCCGUCUUCGUGCACGAGGAUACGUAUAACCGACAGCAGUUCCCCUGAUGUUGGACAACACACACUAGCUGCUCUCUCAAACUCGGUCCGCUGUUCCCUGGGAUUCUCUGCUCGGGCUGUCUUAUUGUAUCUUAUGCUGAGCCAGGUAUUAGAUGUAACACCGGAUACCUAUGUCCAUAAUGAAAGGAUUUUGUACUUUGCCAGAGGUAAACUCUUUACAUUUCUUUGAAACUACGUUGCUUGCUCGUGGCCUGUCUGGUAUUGGCUGCAUUUCUGAGGUUUGUUUGUGUACUAUGCCGGAGCUAAACUUAAUAUUUCUUUCUUUGAGGUUUGUAUAACUUUUCCUGUUAAAGAUCACAGACGAGGAAGAUCCCAUUUAACGACAAAACACCACAGCAGCUGCAAAGCUCACCAUGAUAUUUACCAAACUCGAUCACGCGUGGUCCCCUUGAAAUAAAUCUUGUCCACCGACUCCUUCAGAAAUCAAAGUCUCCAGUCAACCCCAGG